AUGGCUAUAAAUUUUGAUGAUAUGUUUAAUGAGGCUUUGUAUGGCAAAAGAAGACGGCAAGAUAACACACUCAUAGAUAAUUGGAUCGAUGAGUGUUUACUCGAAGAUUCAGAAGAAGAAGAUAUUGAUAGAAGCUCUAUCCCAACUCCUCGUAGAUGGAUCAACAGAGAUCGAGAAGGACAUGAUCGCCUUUUCCAAGAUUACUUUGCAGAUGAACCGAGGGUUGAUGCAACUGGAAGAAGAGGCUUGUCACCACUCAAAAAAUGUACCACUGCGAUACGGAUGUUAGCAUACGGCGUAGCAGCUGAUGCUGUUGAUGAUUAUGUGCGCAUAAGCGAGAGCACUACAAUUGAAUGCUUGGAAAACUUUUUUGAAGCUGUCAUUUUGGUGUUCGAGGAUAAAUACUUGCGAAAACCAAAUCCAAAUGACGUACGACACCUGCUACAAAUGACGGAGGGUCAUGGCUUUCCUGGCAUGUUGGGUAGCAUUGACUGCAUGCAUUGGCAAUGGAAAAAUUGUCCAAAGGCGUGGAAAGGUAUGUACAUGAGUGGUUAUCGUAGGGUUGCAACCAUAGUACUUGAGGUUGUAGCAUCUUCAGACUUUUGGAUAUGGCAUGCGUUCUUUGGAGUUUCUGAUUCAAAUAACGAUAUCAACGUGUUAGAUCGUUCUCCAGUGUUCGAUGAUAUUCUAAAUGACCGUGCUCCAGAGGUAAAUUAUACUAUUAAUGGUAAUAAUUAUACUAUGGGAUACUAUUUAGCAGAUGCCAUAAGGGGAGAAACGCAAGUUAUUUGCACAAUACUAAGAAGGGCAAAGAAAAGAUGUGGAGCGAGCAUUCGGAGUGUUGUAAACACGCUUUGCAUUAUACGUGGUCCAGCUCGCUUUUGGAAAAAGAAGAAGCUUGCCAACAUAAUGAGAGCUUGUAUUAUAUUGCAUAAUAUGAUUAUUGAGGAUGAAAGAGACAUUUAUGCAGGAAAUUUUACUCAAGGCUUAGAGUAUGAUGAUGUCAAAAAUGGCUUAUCACAACCUCAGUUGGGAGAAGAAGAUUUUGCACCAUACCAUCAAUUUCUCCAAAGAAAUGCCCAACUUCGAAACAGGCAGCAGCAUAGACAAUUGAAAGAGGACUUGAUUGAACACAUAUGGCAAUUUCACAAUGCUUGUCGUCAACUAUAGAGCUUAAUUAUGUUUUUUUUUGUAUUAAGUAAUUUU